CUUCUGAGAACCAUUUGGCCUUGAUCUUCUGAGCCUGGGACCCAACCCAGAGGAGGAUACUGCUCUGGUCCUGCCUGUUCCUGAGUGCACCCGAGCACCCCUCCGGCUCCUGCCGGCCUUGGCGUCCUCGGGGCGCCCCAGCCCAGAUGCCCGCGCCUGGCCGGGGCCCCCGAGGGCCACCGCUGAGCAUGCCCGGGCGCCGGGGGGCGCUGCACGAGUCAGCCAACUUUGGCUUCAGCUUGGGGGCGGCGCUGGCCCUGUUGUUGCUGCUGCUACCGGUCUGCUGCCCGGUGACGGCUCAGAAUGACACGGAGCCGAUCGUGCUAGAGGGCAAGUGCCUGGUGGUGUGCGACUCCAGUCCAUCCGGGGACGGUGCCGUCACCUCUUCCCUGGGCAUUUCUGUGCGCUCAGGCAGUGCCAAGGUGGCCUUCUCCGCUACUAGGAGCACCAACCAUGAGCCCUCAGAGAUGAGCAACCGUACCAUGACCAUCUACUUCGACCAGGUUUUAGUAAACAUCGGCAACCACUUUGACCUUGCCUCCAGUAUAUUUGUAGCACCACGAAAGGGGAUCUAUAGCUUCAGCUUCCAUGUGGUUAAAGUGUACAACAGGCAAACAAUCCAGGUCAGUUUGAUGCAGAAUGGCUACCCAGUGAUCUCUGCGUUCGCAGGAGACCAGGAUGUUACCAGGGAAGCAGCCAGCAACGGUGUUCUGUUGCUCAUGGAACGAGAAGACAAAGUUCAUCUCAAACUGGAGAGAGGGAACCUCAUGGGAGGCUGGAAGUACUCCACAUUCUCGGGCUUCUUGGUUUUUCCUCUAUAGACAUGGAGCCACCUUGACAGUGGGAAGGUUUGGAUCAGGACCCAGGGAUCCGCCCUCUGUAACACCUCGAACUUGUCUGAAUAGGAUGGCUUGGGCUGACCUCCAUCAGAUUGUUGCCAUAGAAGGAUGAUUUUCUCCUAAAGCUCCGGUAUUUACUUUGACGAUUGACAAUUCCUCGGAACCUGGCCUCUAAUUAGUUUUAGAUGACAAGGUCUUAAGGAGAAAUGAAAUUAUGGAUUUGAGCAAUUUGUACCUGUGAUUGUGAAGUGGAUAUCGGAUUUUAUUGUUGGAACCGUUUGACUUACCUUCUAUUGUUUGUACAUUGUAUCCUUGUCCUGAUGACAUAGAUGCUGCUGAUCCUGUGACAGAUUGCACGCUGCAGUCAGGGCUUAAAGCAAGAGCCCAGCAA